AUGUUCCGGAGUUUCUGGCGUUUCAAGAUGCUGCCUCCAAUGAGCCGAGAGGAUGUGAUUCUCACUACGGCCAAGCAGAUAUUCCAAGAGGACAAGCUCUUGCCUCAAACAAGCAGCCAAGAAAGCGUCUACUCCCGCUCCGCUCUCGUGGUAGGGGUUGGCGCCAACAUUCAACAAACAGUCAACGAGCUCAAGUGCCCCUCUCUGAGUAGCCUUGUGUAG